UCGACCAUUACACUGCCCUGCAAGAGUGAGAAAAGCAUGAGUGGAACCGACAUAAGCGUUGACAAUCCACCCCACCCCCCUUUCAUCUCUUCAGCAGGAAGAUCAUCCUGCGCUGAUCUCUUUCUGCUGCAAUCCGUUCUCUCCUUCUCAGAAGCAAUCAUCGUCUCCUCGCGAUGAAGUCCGUCUGCGGUGGCCUUUGGACACAUGCCAGGUUCUCAUGCAAUCGUUGGAACUCUCGCAGACGCAUCCUGUCACUGCUCGUUCUUGUCACCGUGUACUGCUUCCUUUCCAGCUCUCUUGCAACCCUAUAUGGAAGGAAGGCCAAGAAUAGGAUUCAUGUUCAUGCAAGCCAGGUCACAGCCGGUUCUGGAGCAAAUGAACAAGUCAAACCGCGUUUCCUGUCCACGUCGUCUGCCAGAGAUCACCAGCAUCUUGAAUAUGAGGCCAAAUUGGAUGCUGCGAUGCAGGACCUCGAGCGCAGAGCUCUCGCGGCCAAUGGUCACAUCCAAGCAAACAACACAAUCUGGCAGAUUAUACUGGGAAAAUUCACUGAUAUGAACCCGGUGUCUGUCGAGUUUGAGCGUCGAAAUGCUGGAUGGGAGUACUCGCUCGUCACAAGCGCGUGGGCUACAGACUUCGUCACUAGCGUCUUCAGCACGAUCCCAGACCUGAUCAAUCUGUACCAGUCCUACCCCUACGACGUCCUCCGCGCAGAUCUCCUCCGCUACCUCCUUCUCUGGUACUACGGCGGCUUCUAUGCAGAUCUAGACGUUUACCCAGCGCGACCCAUCAGAUCCUGUCCAUCUCUGGAACCUCUCUUCUCGCCUUCUCUUUCAACCCCAAUCCCGGCAUCAUCCCUCAAUGUCUCCUUCGUCGUAGGCAUCGAACUCGACGAGCCCUACGCCUCUCCACAGACCAUCAAAGAAUGGCACUGGACGCGAACCUACAGCUUUAUACAAUGGACUAUGUAUGCCCCGCACAGAUUCAGCCCGUUCCUCCGUAAAAUCGUCGUGCGGGUCCUCGCGCACACGAAACAGGAUAACUCAUUCGGCCUUCUGUGGAGGUUGACAAGUACCUCUGACUCGGUCCUGUCCAUCACGGGGCCGGGCAUCUUCACGGAAUCCAUCCUGGAUCUGCUUUCGGAGUCCUUGCCGGAUACGCACCCGUUGAUCACGGCUUCCGUGGAGGCGGAUAGGGAGAUUGGUGAUCUCGUCGUCACUUCAUCUUCAGGUAAUAACCAGACCCAGCCCCGUGUGACGUGGGCACCGUUCCAUAGGCUUCAGGAUCCGCUGUGGGUAGAUGCUUCGGAGGGUAAUGGGAUGGGCGGGAUAGGUAUCUUGCCUGUUCAUGUUUGGGGGAAUGGGCAGAGACAUAGCGGGGCGGAGAACUUUCAGAGUGUUCAUGCUUGUGUUAAUCACUAUUUUAAGGGGACUUGGAAGAAGUGGUGGUGGCAGAGGCUGUUUGAUUGAGGAUGAAGUACGGAAUAAUGAGUUUUAAUAUGUACCCAUAGAUUCAUUCCAUUUUACUAUGUUAGGAUACCUUAUUACCCAUGUACAAUCACCCUUAUGGCAUCUAUU